AUGACGACGACGACGAGCAUCACGCGAGCCGUGCCGCUCGCGCAGCGUCCGUUCGACGCAUUCUUCGUGCUCUUCUUCGCCGUCCACGUGCUCACUGCCGUUCUCAUCGACGCGCAGAUGCUGCUGCCACGUGCCCUCUUCCCAGAGGCGUUACGCCGCGCUGUGACGUGGCACGUCGAGACCUCAGGGGACUUCCUCGUUGGCUCGCCCCAGCCGUGGUUCCUCUCCCUCGUCAUCUCUCAGUUCCUGCUACACGUCCCCUUCUUCCUCGUAGCUAUUUACGCCUUCUGCACUGGCAGGGAGUGGAUCCGCGUGCCGGCUAUUGCCUACUCUGGCCAUGCCAUCACCAACAUGGGACCUGCCAUGUCCCUUGCCACGCCCUCCUGGCCCACUGCCACCUCCUGCUCCACCGCCCCUUCCUGUGCCCUCUGCCACCUCCUGCUCCACCGCCCCUUCCUGUGCCCUCUGCCACCUCCUGCUCCACCGCCCCUUCCUGUGCCCACUGCCACCUCCUGCUCCACCGCCCCUUCCUGUGCCCUCUGCCACCUCCUGCUCCACCGCCCCUUCCUGUGCCCUCUGCCACCUCCUGCUCCACCGCCCCUUCCUGUGCCCUCUGCCACCCUCUCACAAGCACGUCCUCAUUCUCUUUGUAAUCGCAGUGUGUUCAUCUCUCUCCCAUUAGAAUAUAGUACCUCCACUCCACCCUCCUUCCCCACCCCUGCAGAUCCCCAUGUUCUUUGA